AUGUCUCUGGACGCCUCCGGGGUCCCGGCGACCGCUGCCAGGGCGUCUCUCUCGGCUCUGCUCGCGCCCCGCCGCGGGAGGAAGCGGGACCGGGAGGAGGAGGAGGAGGAGGGCGUCCGGGAGGAGGCGCUGCGGCUCCUGAACCGACACCAGGACCUGAGGGCCCUGCUGGAGGAGGUGAGUCGGGCUCCGGGAGAAGCGCGGCGCCCCGCGCCGGCGGGAGAGAGGGUCCCGCCCCGGGAGGACCGCGCCGGAACGGACGCCGUGCCGGCUGUGGGGUCGAGUCUCGGACGCGCUCUCCUGGUUAGCGCCCUACAAGACCACGCCCACCGGCUAGACGUACCCGUAGCGGCGUUAGCGGCCAGGCUGUUAGCGGAGAAAGUUGCGACCGUGUCGGACGGCGGACGAGUCCUGCUGACCUCCUCUCAGAAGGCUGAGCUCUCGGCCGUGUUGAGGUCCGCCCGGGAGCUGGCCUCCCAGGGGGCGUUCAGCUCUGAGGUCUUCUGUCAGGAGUUGUGGAACGCCCAGGACCAGCCGCUGCUUCAGGUCGUCUGGAGCCUCCACGCCUCCAACGUACUGACCCUGGAACAGCUGCUGGACAGCCGGGAGGAGGCGGAGCCCUGGCUGGGGGCGGAGCUGCGGGCCCUGUGCGAACUCGCGGCCAAUGAGGACGGAGGAGGGGAAGGGGACGACGGGCGGAUGGUCCUGUCAGGCGUGGCCUCGGUGCUGGUGCGGGCGGGGUUCGAGGAGCCCGGGCGCGGGGGCGGGGCCAGGACGUGUGGGCGUGUCCUCGACGGCAUGCUUUCCUGGGUCCUGGACAGCGCCGGCGGGGGACGGGAUCUCCACUCCGCCGCAGAGUCAUGGGUGCGGGUGUUCGACGCUAGCUCCUGGAGCGCGUCGGUGUCCGCUAACACGCUGCGCCGGUUCCUGACGCACUCCCUCACGCACACGCUCACCUACAAGCCCCGCCUGACAGUAUCCGACGCUAUCGCUAUGCAGAGCCAGUGGAGUUUCGCCGAAACCCCGCCCCUCCUGACGUCCCUGUACCGCAAGCUAGGGGCGUGGCUGAAGGGGGAGGGGCUUCUGGGUCAGGUGACGGAGGUUCUCCAGACGCGGGAGGUGAACUGGCGGCUGGUGUUGGGGUUGGUGUCGGCGGCCGUCGUGCACCGGGCGGACACUAGGACGCAUCUAACCGAUCUCCUCUCUCGGCUCCUCCGCUCCUCCUUCGAGGAGUACGACCUCGAAAACCUCAUCACCGCCUUCCUGCUGGCCCGGCAGGGGGCGCUCGAGGGUCCCGCCGUGUUCCCCUCCUACGCCGAGUGGUUCAAGACGUCCUUCGGCGGCGCCGGCGGUUACCACGGCAGCGCCAAGAAGCCCCUCCUCUUCCUCCUGAAGUUCCUCUCCGACCUGGUGCCCCACGACCCGCCGCAGUACCUCAAGGUGCACUUGCUCCACCCACCCUUCGUUGCCGGGAAACACCGCCCCCUGCUGUUGGAGUAUGUGGCGCUGGCCAAGACCCGGUUGGCCGACCUGCAGGUGCCGGUGGAGGACAUGGGCCUCUACGAGAACACGUCACCUACCGGCGCGCCCGUACAGCCCGAGUGCCAGGCCCACCUGGACGCGGAGAAGGCCGUCUCGCUCUUCGAGAGCACGGGGAAGGUCUCCGCCGCCGUCAUGGAGGCCAGCAUCUUCCGGAAGACCUACUUUCUGUCCCGGUUCCUGCCGGCCCUGCUGACCCCGCGGGUGCUUCCUGACCAACCGGACGCCCGCAUGGCCUUCAUCGAGUCUCUGAGGAAAACGGAGAAGAUUCCGGCCUCGAUGUACUCCUCCUACGCCCGGUCCUGUCAGAGGGAGGCGCAGCGGCUUCGGGAGGGCGUGUGUGCGGAGCCGGACGACCAGGACAGGCUGUGGUCUGAGCUUCAGGAGCUGAGAAAGCUGGUAUCCCCUGAGAGAGAGGAAGACUUCCUGGCGGGCCUGUCCCGGGUUUCGGCGUCGCUGGGCGCCCUGUUGCCGGACAGAACCAGCGACCCGCCGGCUCAGGUCGCGACCUUCACCGAUCUGGACAACCAAGUGGCCAACGCGAUCCUGAGAAGCUUCUGCCAGUGUCUCCUGGACGCCUCCGGGAAGAGCCCCCCAAACAGACAGGGCCAGUGGGCCAAUCACUUUAUCAGAACGCUCCGGGGACACGCCCACCUCCUCCCCGCCCUCCUCCACCGCCUAUCCGACCUCCUCGGCAACCAGGGGGCAGAGCUGAGCCCCGCCCACGUCCUCGGAUUGGCUGCCUUCGCCGUCCACCUCCACGCCUCCCAGACGCCCCUCCCCGAAGUGCUGGGCUCCGCCCUCCAGUGUAGCACCCAUGCUAACAUGAGUUUCUGUCUCAGAUUCUGCGUGGCCGCGGUGUCCUACGGGCUCUGUAGGCGUUCCUCGUCUGAACCUGUCCAGGACUACAUUCCCAGCAUCCUCUGCAAGAAGCUGCUAUACCUCGUCCCCAGAUUGAUUCCGGAAACCCGGGCGGAGCCCGGCCCGAUGGAGGCGGGGCCGGGCGAUCCGGAGGCGGAGCCUGCCAUUUGGAGGAACGUAACUGACCCCGGCACCACCUGGGAGAGCUCCGCCCGCUUGCUGUGGGGACACGCCCACUUCCACGCCCUCAAAGCGCUACCCGGCUACCAGCUCUCCUUCUCCGAUUGGUUGGAAGCCGAGCUCAAAGUUCAGAGGAGCCAGGACGCCCUGACCGAUCCGGAGAGACAGCAGUACCAGCAGUGGGCGUGUCACCAGCGUCACCCGCCGGACGGGGGCGGCGACCCCAGACGGGCCUGUUCCGCUAUCCUCAGGGCCGCCACGGACCUGCAGACCGGGCGGCCCGGUUCCGACACCUGCCUCCCGGACGUCCUGAGCCGACUGCAGGAGCUGCUCUACGACCUAGAUCCAUGUAAGGCGGGGCACUUCCUCCUGGACGUCGUUUCUGAUAGGCUCCCCGCGACCUACGACCCCCUGGACGUCGGCGGGGAGCUGGAUCUCGAGCGGACGUUACGCGCCUGGAACAGCAUAGUAGUCGCGCUUCCUCCCACAAUCCUCGUGGGCUUCCAGACCGAUGGCGCUAGGCUAACGCUCGACUUGUCUCGCUUCGUAGACCACGUGAACCAGAACCAGAGGAACGCCUGCUCCCCGCCCUGCCAGCUGCCCUACCUGCUAACUCUCCACUUCCUCAGGGGCGUCCUCGGCGCGGCCGCACGAUGCGAUUGGCCGGGGAGAGCCGUGAGCGAGGGAUUGGAACGGAUUCACGACCGGUGUCCCCUGCUACUGGUGUCCGUGGCGGAAGAAGCCCCGCCCCCGGCCCCGCCCGGCGCCCCGCCCCUCCUCCUCGCCGCCUGCCUCUACCACACCCGCGGCAUCACCCCCUCCCUCCGGCGGCUAUCCCAGCAGCCCCAGCAGGUGCUGGUGUUUCUGCUUUUCUUCUACGUGACCGACUUGCUAACCGGGCUGCUUCAACCGCAGGAAUCCCGGCGUUUGGACGAAGCCCGGAGCGCGUGUGUUGAGAUCCUGACCCAGCUGGACGACUGCUCCGAUUGGCUCCUGCUGUUUGAACCGUCGGCCAAUGACCAAGGCCCCUACCGGGUGGUGACCAUGGUAACCACCGACAGGAACACCAGACUGAUGCCGCUGGCCUUCUACAGCCUCGUCCCGCUAUUGGACGGCGGGCUCCUGGGGAGGGCGGUCCGGACCCCGGGGUUCCUCCUCUCCGCCCUGCGGUGCUACUCCGCCCUGACCCGGCUCUACCUGGAGGGCGGCGCCCCCGGGCAGGUGGACACCCGGGAGGUCCUGUCGAGAGCCCGCAACCUGCUGCUGCGGGCCGUCGCCCUGACGCCGAGCGCCUGCCUCUCCCGGGGCCAGAGGGUUCGGCUGCAGCGGGAGUGCGGGGGUCUCGACCCGGACGUGGCGGCGGCGGCGGCGUCCCUGCUGGCGCCCGACGAGGAGGUGGAGCUCCUGUAGCCGCCGGACCCCCCGACCUCACCCUCAUCCC